UGAGAAACUUUCUGCUUCACUGUUUCCAAAACAAACGAUCAAGUUUACAAACUUUCUUUAAUUAUAGCAUAAAAUGGAUAUAACGCUUGAUUUUGGUGGUGGUGCUGAAGUACUUUUCAAUAAUAUCAAAAAACGUGAACUUAAACUGGAUGAUGGAACAAAAUGGACCCUCCGAUCAUUCCUGCAAUAUAUGAAAGAUAAUCUCUUAACAGACAGACUAGAGCUGUUUAUGCAAGGUGAAUCUGUAAGACCUGGAAUCCUAGUGCUUGUGAAUGACACAGACUGGGAGCUAUUGGGUGAAUUAGACUAUGAGAUCCAGCCAAAAGACACUAUAUCAUUCAUAUCAACACUUCAUGGCGGUUAA